AUGUAUGUCGAGCUCCCGUUUGACGAAUUCAAAGUGCUGCCUGCCAAGCAGCGGGUGGCGUACUUCUACGACCAGGACGUGGGAAACUACUUCUACGGCACUGGCCACUGCAUGAAGCCGCAUCGGAUCCGGAUGACACACUCACUCAUCAUGAACUACGAGCUCUACAAGAAAAUGGAGAUCUACCGAGCCCAGCCAGCCGCCAAGGACGAACUCACCCAGUUCCACACCGACGAGUACGUGGACUUCAUCUCGCGAGUCACUCCCGACAACCUUGCCUUGUUUGAGCGCGAGCAGACGGUGUUCAACGUAGGAGACGACUGUCCUGUUUUUGAUGGAUUAUACGAGUUCUGCCAGAUUUCGUGUGGAGGGUCGAUGGAAGGCGCUGCCCGCUUGAAUCGUGGAGUGUGUGACAUCGCAAUUAACUACGCCGGUGGUCUUCACCACGCCAAAAAGCUGGAGGCGCUGGGGUUCUGCUACAUGAACGACAUCGUUCUCGGAAUCAUUGAGCUCUUGCGAGUCCAUCCGCGGGUGCUCUACAUUGACACGGACGUGCACCACGGCGAUGGUGUGGAGGAGGCAUUCUACACCAAUGACAGGGUGAUGACAGCGUCGUUCCACAAGUUUGGCGAGUUCUUUCCUGGCACAGGCAACUUGAACGAUAUUGGUUUGGGCAAGGGCAAGUACCACUCCGUUAACGUGCCGUUGCGGGACGGUAUUGACGACGUGCUGUAUAAGUCGAUCUUCGAGCCCAUCAUCCGUGCUAUCGUCGAGUGGUACCAGCCGUCUGCCAUCGUGUUGCAGUGUGGGGGCGACUCGUUGAGUGGCGACCGUUUGGGGCCCUUCAACCUCUCGAUGAGGGGGCACGCCAACUGUGUGCAGUUUGUCAAGUCGUUCGGAUUGCCAAUGAUGGUUUUGGGCGGUGGAGGCUACACCAUCCGUAACGUGGCCCGGACGUGGGCCUACGAGACGGGGUUGUUGAACAACGUGGUGUUGGAGUCCGAGAUUCCUUACAACAGCUACUACGAGUACUACGCCCCUACCUACGAGUUGGACGUGCGUGCCUCCAACAUGACCAAUGCCAACUCCAGGGAGUACUUGGACAAGGUGUUGCUGGCGGUAUUGACCAACUUGGACCACACCAAGCAUGCACCAUCGGUGCAGAUGAAUGAGGUGCCUGCGGAUGCGGAAGACAUGUUCUACGACCGUGAUGAGGACACUGCCGAGGCCAUGGAUACCCAGGGAGGCUCUCAGUACGCCAAAGACAAGCUUGUGGAGCCCGAAAACGAGUUCUAUGACGGGGAAAAGGACCGUGGCGAACGCAACAUCCACACGGUGGACUUGACUGCGCAGGAGAUGGAAGAGAUCGACGAGUUGAACAAGAACUGA